AUAAAAGUGAUAAUAAUAAUGAUGAUUAAUUUGAAUAACAACAACAACAAUGGUUCGGAUGAUGAGGAAUCAUCCGUGAAUGUAUUGAAAAUGACCAAAUUCAAUAAUGAUAAUGAUAAUGAUGGUGAAAAAAUGAUGAAAAAUAUAUCAUUAGCAUGGCAUAAUCUUCGUUAUGAUUUUGAUGAUAAUGUUGAUAAUGGACAACAGCAACAACAACAAGAUUAUAAUCAUAAUGAUAAUAAUAAUUAUCGAAAAAAAUUUAAUAAAAAAUUUGAUUUAAAAAAUUUUCUAUUAUUUCAUCAACGUCGUGGAUCAAUUUCAACACCAACAACCACCAUUAUUCAAACAUCAACAACAAAUUCAAAUCAAAUCAAUGAAAAAAUAUCAAAUGAUCAAUCAUCACCAAUUUUACGGCGAUUAACUGGUUAUUUUGAAUUUCAUACAGUAAAUGGUUUACUUGGACCAUCAAAUCAUGCACGAAAAACUUUACUUAAAUGUUUAACCGGUUCGAUAAGAUAUUCAUCAGGAAUAUCAUCUGAUUCUAGAAUUUAUCGUUAUGAAACGAAUGAUAUUAAAUCAAAAAAACAAUUUAAUCAUUUUGCAUGGAUUAUACGUAAUGUUGAUAAUUUAAUUACAUUCAAUCAUAUGACUGUUAAUGAAUUAUUACGAUAUUCUUAUAUAUUUCAUAAUGGAAUUUUAUCAUUAUUUCGUUCAUAUCAAAAACAUAUUAAUACAAUAUUUGAACAAUUAUCAAUUGAAAAAGAUAAAGUAAUUAAUAAAAAACUAAAUGAAUGUUCAUAUAAAGAAAAACGACUUAUUUCAAUUGCACAAGAAAUGAUGUCCAUUGAUUCGAUGCCUACAUUUAUGUUUCUAGAUGAACCAUUCGAAAAUUUAGAUAUUAUUUCAGCUGAAAAAAUAUUAUUAUCAAUAAAAAAUAUAUCGAAAAAAUAUUCCAUUACAAUGAUUAUAUCGGCAAAAAUAUUCGAUUCAUAUUUAAUUACAUUGUUUGAUAAACUUUAUAUAUUAGCACAUGGUGGUGUUUGUAUUUAUUCUGGUUCACCUAAAUUAUUAGUAUCAACAUUGGAAAAAAAUCUUGGUAUUAUCAAUUCAUCACACAAUAAUGAUAAUGUAGAUGAUAAUAACAAUGAUGAUGAAUGUAUAGCAAUUGAAGAAAUGUUAAAAAUUUCUUGUUUUGAAUUUACUAAUCCAAAAGUAAGAAAAUUAGCCGAUAAAACAUUGUUGGAAGAACAUCAUUUCCUGUUACCAUAUAUGCAAAAAUUACAAUUUCAAUAUCGACAAUUUCGUCUUUUAUAUUUAAAUCGUUGGUUUCCAUUAAAAUUAUUGAUAUCGAUUUUAUAUUAUCUAUUUUUGGCAUUUUUUCUUAUCGAUAAUGAAAUGAUUAUUGCAAAUCGUUGUUAUGAUUCAAUUAGUGAACGUUUAAUUGUACCAUCAAAUCAAACAUGUGAACAAAUUAUUAAUGAACAAAUAAUGAUCGAUGGUUAUGUUACAUAUCAAAUGUAUUCAAUGUGGUUUUUAGCUUCAUGGUCAAUUUUAACAACAUCAUUACAUUGUUUAAAAAUGUUAAAUCUAUUUUGUAAUGAUUAUCAAAAUCGUCGUUUUUCAUUCAAUGUUUUUAUAUUAUCAUCAUUUUUCAUCAAUCUAAUUGAAUCAAUAAUUUGGUCAACAAUUUUUACCUGUUUAAUGUAUUUUCUUAUUGAUCAUACAAUGAUUGAAAAUCAUCAUUAUUAUAAUCAUCAAACAACAAUAGAAUCAUCAUCAAAUAAUAAAUGGUUAUUAUCAUCAUUAUCAAAUGUAAAUAUACAACGUUUUAAUCAUGUAUUAUUUGCAUAUUGGUUAUUAUAUCUUUAUCAUCAAGCAUAUGGAAUAUUAUUAAGUGUUUUAAUAUAUCCAUUGAAUAAGAAAAACUUCAACAGCAGUAACAAAAAUAAUAAUAAUUAUUCCAUUGUGAUUAUGAUUACAAUCGGUCAAUUGAUUGUAAUUAUAUUUCAAUUAUUAAACAAUAAUAUUCUAGUCAUUAUUGAUCGUAUACAUUCAUUAACAAUUCGUUCAAUUGCAUCAACAAUAAUAUCAUUACAACCAAUUUAUGAUACUGUUUUAUAUUCAUUUUAUAGUUUAGAACGUAGCUGUGAUUAUCAUCAUCAUCAUCAUAGUCAUUAUCAACAAAAUGAUUAUCAUCGAUCAAAUAAUAAUCGAUAUUCAUCAUCAGUAUUUAAACAAUAUUCAAUACCAUUAGAAUUUAAUGAAAUUAUUAAUAAUCUAAUUUCAAUAGUGAUCAUUAUAAUUGUGAUUCGUAUAAUAUCAUUUCUAUUGCUUUGGUAUUAUUUUUGUCCAAAAACAACAUCAUCGAAUCAUCAUUAUCAAUCGCAAAUAAUUCCAAUCGAUUAUGGACCAACUAAUCGAAAAAAAGCCAAAGUACGUAUCAUACAGCCAAUAUUUAAAGAUGAUGAAGAAGUUGAAUUUUGUCGUGAUAAAAUUCAAUUAGCAUGGCGUUCAUUAUCAUUGUUUGCUUGUUGUAAAAAAACUACCGAUCAUAAAUGUGAUUCGGAAUCGAAUUUGAUUCUGAAAAAUUUAAAUGGACAAUUUCGUUUGGGUAGUUUGAAUGCAGUGAUCGGUGGUAGUAAUGAUAAUAUUGGCUGUCAUAAUGGUAAUAUUCGUACACUUUUACUAAGAAUUUUUAAUGGUCAAUUAAAAACUCGAUUAACAUCCGAUACUCAAUUCUAUGAAAGUCAAUUUGCAUCAAAUAACGUCUGUUUCAUCAGUCGAUAUCCAAAAGAACAUCUGAUUUCGGGUUUGACUGUUAAACAAUCAUUAAUUUAUGCAUCGAUAAUUAAAAAUAUUGAAGAUGAUGAUUAUAGUGCUAGUCGACUUGAUCAUGAGGAAAUGGCUUUAAAUAUUCUUGAUGAAUUAGAUUUAGGACAUCAAUCCGGAUCAUAUGUUGAUGAUUGUAAUCAAUCCGAACGUAAACGUUUAGUAUUAGCAUUAGAAUUAACAUCACUGCAGAUGCCAAAUUUAAUCUGUAUCGAAGAACCAAUAUUUGAUUUAGAUGCAAUAAAUGCUGAACAAUUUAUUCGUUGUCUUCGACAAUUAACCGAUCGUCAUUCGAUUACAUUUGUUGUAUCAUUUCAACAUACACAGCAUCAAAUUCUUGCACAAUUCGAUCAAAUUUAUUGUCUAAGUUCAAAUGGUCAUUGUAUUUAUUCGGGUUCAUCAAAACCACAAUCAAUACGUCAACAUUUGAAUCAAUCAAUUCAUCAAAUAACCGAAACAUCAUUAUUAUCAUCAUCUAAACGUGCUAUUGAAGAAUUACUUCGAUAUUCAUGUUUAGAUAGUGAUGAUUGUACAAUAUCAUCAGCUAUCGAACAAUUAGUCAAACAAAAUGAUCAACAAACAUUAAAAGCUAAUGAACUUUUACCACAAGAAACAAUAUCACUUGAACAUAAAGGAAUUAAAUCGAAUGUAGCAUCAUUUUCAAUAAUGUCUAUUCUACGAUUAAGUCGUCGUUAUCGUGGACGUUGGUUUUAUUCACUUUGGUUUCAUUGGAUUAUUUAUGCAUCCAUUUAUUUUAUUAUUGCACUUUUAUUGAAUGGAUUAUUUGGUUCGGAAAUUACCAAACCUGAUGGUUGUAUACGAAAAGAUAUUUUUAAUGCAACAGCCGUUUGUCCACAAUAUCGUACCGGUACAAAAAUGAUAUGGGAUAUAGAUGGUGAACAUCUUUGGGAUAAUUAUCGUUAUGUUUAUAUUUCAACACAUUUAUUUUUAAUGUUAAUUUUAUUUCAAUCGGCAAUGAUUUUCUAUCAAGAAAUUAAAAUUUUUUUACAUGAACAUCAAAAUGGCUGGUUUAGUUCAAGUGUUUUCUAUAUUUGUCAUUUUAUAUGGAUUGAUUUUCUACCAAUCAUACCGAUAACAAUGAUUUAUCUUUAUUUAAUCGAUAUUGAUCAUUUUGAUUAUCCUUAUUAUGAACCGGAUGAAAUUAUCGAUAAUGAUCGUCAAUUACCACAUACAUAUUAUUGGUGGGCAGUAAUACUCAUAUCAAUUGCAAUUGAAUCAAUUCAUAGCCUAAGCCAUUUAGUUGUGAUUAUAUCGACAAAUCGAAUACGUUCGGAAUCAAUUUUUCUCAUUCUUCUUUCAUUAUUUGCUCUACUUUCGAUAACAUCAAAUUUUCAAAUUCAAACAAAAUUUUCACUAUCAUUUUUGAAUGUAUUUCGUUAUCUAAAUGAAGCCAUACUUAUAUUACAUUAUGGUUAUUUUAAUUCAUGUUCAUCACCAUUAUCACGAUCAGCCUAUAUCCGUCAACAACAACAACCAAUAUCAUUGGUUCUAUACAGAAUUGGUUCCGAUGAUUUGAAUCCUGAUUUAUAUUUUUAUCAUUAUCUUCGUAUAUUAAUCUGCCAGACUAUAUUAUUUCGAUUAGGCUCUUUGUUUGCAUUGUUGCUUCGUGCAAAUGGUGAUCGUAUAUUUCAUCAUCAUCGAUUAUGGAUGACUGGAAAAUCUUCAUCCACUACCAUUCAAUCGCAAUCAUCAUCCUAUCUGGAUCAUCAUGAAUGGUCAGCGACAACGACAACAACAACAACAAUUGAACAUUCAAAUCAUCACGAACAACAAGAGCCAUCGCCAUCAACUUCAACGGGAAGUACAUUUAGCGAUCUCGCUACAAAACAUUCAUCAUCCUCAUCUCCUUCUAGUCUUGACAGUCAGAAUAAUGAUGAUGAUGAUGAUGAUCAAUUAGAAUUUCGUCUGUAAAAUAUAUAGAAAAAUUAUUAAAAAAAACAAAAUUUUCUCAUUUAAACUACCAUAAUAAAAUUGUGAUUUAUACAAAAAA